CUGGCGUAGGGCCUGCGUCAGCUGCAGCCCGCCGGCGAUUGGGGCGCUCGCGCCUCCUUCGGUUUGGGGCUAAUUAUAAAGUGGCUGUGGCCGCCGCCAGCCUCUGGACAGCUAGGCAGGCGCUCAGAGCCCUGCAGCCCAGCGACGAGUGGCAUCUGGGACCCGCUCUUCCAGUAGCCUGCUCCAUCCAAACAAAGGCAGCCCCAUGGCGCAGUUCCUGAGACUUUGCACCUGGCUGGUGGCGCUUGGGUCUUGCCUCCUGGCUACAGUACAGGCAGAAUGCAGCCAGGACUGCGCCAAAUGCAGCUACCGCCUGGUGCGCCCCGGGGACAUCAACUUCUUGGCCUGCACGCUAGAAUGUGAGGGACAGCUGCCUUCUGUCAAAAUCUGGGAGACCUGCAAGGAUCUCCUGCAGGUGUCCAAGCCCGAGUUCCCUUGGGAUAGCAUCGACAUGUUCAAAGACAACAGCAAACAGGAGGAGGGCCACUUGCUGGCCAAGAAGUACGGAGGGUUCAUGAAAAGGUACGGAGGCUUCAUGAAGAAGAUGGAUGAGCUUUAUCCCGUGGAACCAGAAGAAGAAGCGAAUGGAGGUGAGUCUCUUGCCAAGAGGUAUGGUGGCUUCAUGAAGAAGGAUGCGGAUGAGGGCGACACUCUGGCCAACUCCUCCAACCUGCUGAAAGAGCUCCUGGGAACAGGAGACAACCUUGCAAGAGAGGGCCACCACCAGGAGAGCACUGACAACGAUGAUGACAACAUGAGCAAGAGGUACGGGGGUUUCAUGAGAGGCCUCAAAAGAAGCCCCCAACUGGAAGAUGAAGCCAAAGAGCUGCAGAAGCGCUAUGGGGGAUUCAUGAGAAGGGUGGGCCGCCCAGAGUGGUGGAUGGACUACCAGAAGAGAUAUGGAGGGUUCCUGAAGCGCUUCGCUGAGUCUCUGCCGUCCGAUGAAGAGGGUGAAAGUUACUCCAAAGAAGUCCCCGAGAUAGAAAAAAGAUAUGGGGGAUUUAUGCGGUUUUGAAGCCCUUUCCCAGCAGUGACCCCAGGCCCCCACCAGCCUGCUCCAUCCCCGGUGAGCAACUGCCUCAUCAGUGGUGUUUGUCACGUGCCCCUCCUGCUGUAUAGUUGCCCCCGUGGGCUGGAUAAUUACACUGCCUGAAAGCUGUGGUCUUUUGAGUCCCGAAGCUCAGUGUUGGUCUGUUGCAGCUGUCUUGUUAUCAUGCUGAAAUCGUUUCUGUUACCUCAUCCCUUACUCUUGACAAAAACGCCAACAAAUGCUUAUUUGUAUAUAAAUAUAAUAAACCCAUUACCCCAACUGCACAA